AUGAAACCUCAGACCCAUCUCAUCGAACCGCAAGGAAAAUUAAAAAAUUCUAAGCGUUGCGAUAGCAAUCUAUCAGAAACCGACGACCGCAGCUUAUUGGCACUGCAACAGCAUGCGGUGCAGAAAAAAAUCGUUAUCGCGGGCGGCGGUACAGGCGGGCAUAUCUAUCCUGCGAUUGGUAUCGCCCAGGCACUGCAGCGUUUGGACACCACGGUAGAUAUUGUGUUUAUUGGUGGUUCGGACAAGUUAGAAUCAACGCUUGUUCCACAACAUGGGUUCCGUUUCUUGCCUAUUUCUGUUGCGGGUCUUCCGCGUCGCCUCACUUUACAAUGGUUACCCGCCAUUUGGAAGGCAGUUCAUGGACUUCUCCAGUCAUUGCGGUAUAUGAAGGAGUUGAAACCAGAUGUCGUUAUAGGAACGGGCGGAUAUGUUUCAGGUCCGGUUCUGUUAGCCGGUCUUCUAUGCAAGAUUCCGAUUGCUAUCCAAGAACAGAAUGCUUCUGUUGGCUUAACAAACGGUAUAUUGGCACGAUGGGCAGAUGUCGCCUACCUUGCUAUGGAAUCGGUUCGCGAGAACAAUUCAUUCCGACGAACCGCACGUAUAGAGAUAACAGGAAAUCCUAUUCGUCCUGCAAUCGCUGCAUUCCCGAGGCGCGAGGAAACCUACAGAAGAUUCGGGUUGCGCCCAGAGCGGAAAACAAUUUUUGUGAUGGGUGGCAGUCAGGGUGCUCAUGCUAUCAAUGAAGUGAUUGUAGCUGCGCUGCCACACCUCAUCGAAUAUGCCGAUCAGAUCCAGAUAGUUCAUCAAACUGGUGCGCUGGAACUUGAAAAGGUUCAAACCGCGUAUGAUCGGACACUCGCUUCGCAUCGAACCCUCAACUCGACUCCGACACAAGGCAACAAAGCACGAGUUGAGGGUUCGGGAUUCCUAUAUUAUGUCAAACCUUUCUUUGAUACUGUUGAGGAAAUCUAUAGUAUCGCAGACGUUAUGGUGUGCAGAGCAGGCGGAAUGACUAUUGCCGAGGUCACUGCAUGUGGUAUCCCCGCAAUUUUCAUACCCUUACCCUCGCAAACCGGAAACAACCAAGUAUUAAACGCUCACACCGUUGCAGAAGAGGGUGCGGCUGUUGUACUUGAACAAGGCACCUUCACGGUAGAAACUUUGGUAAAAAACCUGACGAACAUGAUCCUUGAUGAAAAUACACAUGAACGGAUGGUAACCGCAAGUCAAGCACUCGGCAAACCACAUGCCAGCGAUGACAUUGCCAAGUCCAUUCUUUCUUACGCUUAGUUAACUACAUUAUAAAAUCGAGAUCCAAAGCGCGAAGCCUGAAACGAAGUGGAAGGCGGAUAUACGGAAAGGGGUAUCAAAUCCCGAACCCACUUCACCGAACCGCAAGGAAAAUUAAAAAUAAUGUUUGGAAAAACACGACACAUCCAUAUUAUUGGCAUAGGAGGUGCCGGAUUAAGCGGCAUCGCUGAGAUCCUGCUGGAUCUCGGGUUUCACGUAACAGGCUCAGAUAUCCGCAAGUCAUAUGCUACGGAACACUUGCGUGGACGAGGAGCAACUAUCUAUUACGAGCAUGCAGCAUCACACAUACAGGGUGCCGAUGUCGUCGUUUUUUCCCCCGCUAUUCCCCCUGAAAAUCCAGAACUCCUCGCUGCAGAGACGCAGAAAAUUCCAAUUGUCAGGGGCGCGGAAAUGCUGAAUGAAAUCACUCGAAUGCGCUACAGCGUUGCCGUCAGCGGAACACAUGGAAAAACAACUACAACAGCUAUGACUGCGACAGUCCUUGCCAGUCUUGAUCCGACGGUUGUCGUAGGUGGGAAACUCAUGAAUGGCAGUCACGCUCGAAGUGGCGAAGGCGAUGUUAUGGUAAUCGAAGCAGAUGAGGCAUAUGGUUCAAUUGAGAUGUUUUAUCCCACUGUUGCUGUUGUUACGUCCGUCGAUGCCGACCAUCUGGAUUAUUACAAUAGCGUUGACGAGAUUGGUGAAACCUUCCUUAAAUUCACCAAUAAAGUUCCGUUCUACGGCACAGCAGUUCUCUGCUUGGAUGCUGAGAACAUUCAAAGGUUUAUCCCGCGGAUUAAAAAGCGUUAUAUUACCUACGGACUUGAAACGCAAGCGGAUCUGAUUGCUGAGGGCAUUACCGUGGAAGGUCCCACAUCUCGUUACCGAGUUCGCAAACAUGGACACCUAUAUGGUGAAAUUCACCUUAAAAUGCCGGGUCGCCAUAAUAUUUCUAAUUCUUUGGCAGCGAUAGCCGUCGGGCUUGAACUUGAUAUUCCUUUCGAUCAAAUCCGAGAGGGUCUUGAGUCAUUUCAGGGUGUACAUCGCCGCUUUGAAAUACUUGGCGAAGUUAACAAUAUCAUUGUCGUUGACGAUUACGCACAUAAUCCAGCGAAGUUGAAAGCCGCAUUGAGUGGUGCACGCGACGGUUAUAAGCGCCGUAUCGUCGCCGUUUUUCAGCCACACCGAUACCAGCGUGUCAGAGAUUUAGCAGAUGAAUUCUCUCGCUCUUUUUAUCAGGCAGAUGUCCUCAUUGUUACCUCAAUCUAUAGUGCUGGUGAGGCACCUAUUGAAAACGUCACAGCUGAAAAACUGGCAGAAGCGAUACAAUCACACGGACAUCGCCAUGUUUACUAUGUACCAGAUACAGAUGAAGUUCCGGACGUUCUGAUGAAAAUAACACAACCAGAAGACAUUGUCAUUACGCUCGGGGCAGGGGACAUUAGUAAAGUAGGACACGAGUUCCUAAAUAGACUUCAGGCAGAAUAG